AUGCAAGAUGAACUUCUAGCAAUGGAAGCCAACCGUCCUUGGUCUGUUAUGCCCUUACCUCAAGGCCAACACUCUAUUGGAUUCAAAUGGAUAUACAAAAUCAAGUAUCGUACAGAUGGGACCAUUGACCGCUACAAGGCAGGUUCUGCUCAAUCCUUUGUUGCUUUGCUUGUUUAUAUUGUUGACAUAGUCAUUACCGGUGCUUCUUUACCUGUGCUACAUAAGAUUAAAGAUCAUCUGCACGAGGCCUUCAAGCUCAAAGACUUAGGGUCUCUUCGGUAUUUCUUGGGCCUUGAAAUUGCAAGAUCGUCUCAAGGUAUUCUUCUAUCACAACGAAAUUAUACAUUGCAGCUCCUAGAAGAUCAUGGUUUGUUGGCUUGUAAACCGGCUUCUCUACCUCUUGAUUCGGCUUUAAAGCUCCAAUUUGAUGUUGGUACCCUCCUUUCUGAUGCAACAUUGUAUCGGAGACUCAUUGGAAGACUGCUAUACUUGACUAUUUCUCGGCCCGACAUAGCUUUUGUUGUCCAUAAGCUCAGUCAGUUUGUUGCUCAACCUAGACAGCCUCGUCUUGAUGCUGCCAUGUCCUUACUUAAAUAUUUGAAAGCUUCUCCGGGCCAAGGUAUUCUUCUACAACUUGUCCACACAUUCCAAUUGAAGGCGUAUUUUGAUGCUGAUUGGGGAUCUUGUCCUGAUUCAAGGAAGUCUAUAACCGGUUUCUGCAUCUUCUUGGGUGAUUUCAUAAUUAGUUGGAAGGCUAAAAAGAAGUCUACGGUAUCCCGUUCUUCUGCCAAAGCUGAAUACCAAGCUUUAGCUGCUACUAUAAGUGAAUUGCUAUGGGUUGAACAACUUCUUCACGAGCUUUCAGUACCUCUUAUUCAUCCAUCUUUAAUCUACUGCGAUAAUGAAGCUACUGUCCAUAUUGCUGAAAAUCCGGUUUUUCAUGAAAGGACGAAGCAUAUUGAUUGCCAUUUUGUCCGAGAUCACAUUGUUCGUGACAAUGUCAAACUUCUUCCCAUCCGAUCUCACUUGCAGCUUGCUGAUAUCUUUACCAAAGCUUUGCCCAAAACUUUGUUUUCCUCCUUACUAUCCAAGAUGGGUAUUCUUGAUAUAACCACACCAUCUUGA